GUGCGCUCUCUAAGUAACUAUGAAGCAAGAUGGCUGACACCAGCAUGAGUGAGACACCAGCGGACACACAGAUCGGAAACGGCGACUCGGCAGAAAGUCUCAGCGAGGAAGUAAAGAAGAAAGCAGAGGAACUAAAAGACAAAGCGAACGAAUUCUUUAAAAAUGGAGAUUAUUCCCAGGCUAUAACCUAUUACACACAGGCAAUAGAACUCUACCCAUAUGUAGCGGCUUAUUACGGGAACCGCAGCUUUGCCCAUCUCAGGACAGAGAGUUUUGGUUAUGCACUGAGUGAUGCCUCCAAAGCUUUACAGAUAGACAGAAAUUAUGUCAAGGCUUACUAUAGGCGGGCAUCUGCCAAUAUGGCUCUGGGAAAGUUUAAAGUUGCGCUCAAAGAUUUUGAAUCGGUGAUAAAAGUGCGGCCAAAUGACAAAGACGCAAAAGCAAAGUACAGUGAGUGUAAGAAAAUUGUCCAGAUGCAGGCCUUUCAGAGAGCAAUAGCUGUGGAGGAAAAUCACAAAUCAGUAGCUGACAGCAUUGACCUGGCCUCCAUGAGUAUAGAGGACGAUUACCAAGGCCCUCGAUUUGAGGAUGGGAAGGUGACUCUACAGUUUGUCAAGGAUCUCAUGCAAACCUUCAAGGAACAGAAGAAACUCCACAGAAAAUAUGCUUAUCAGAUUCUAGUCGAAGUGAAAAAGUUCUUUGUAAAACAGCCCAGUCUAGUGGAUAUUAUAGUGCCAAAGGGGGAGAAGUUCACAGUUUGUGGAGAUAUUCAUGGUCAAUUCUAUGACUUGUUAAAUAUAUUUGAUCUCAAUGGUCUACCCUCAGAAGAAAACCCUUAUUUAUUUAAUGGUGACUUUGUGGACCGAGGGUCCUUCUCUGUGGAGUGUGUCUUAGUCUUGUUUUGUUUUAAGCUUUUAUUUCCCAAUCAUUUCUUUAUGGCAAGAGGUAACCAUGAGAGUAUAACAAUGAAUCAGAUGUAUGGUUUUGAGGGAGAAGUAAAAUCCAAAUACACUUCACAAAUGGCCGACCUAUUUACCGAGAUAUUUAACUGGCUACCAUUAGCACACUGUAUAAACAACAAAAUAUUAGUAAUGCAUGGUGGUUUAUUUAAAGAUGACAAUGUGACUCUGGAUGAUCUCAGGAAAAUUGACAGAAACAGACAGCCACCUGAAUCAGGUUUAAUGUGUGAGCUUCUCUGGUCUGAUCCACAACCAAUGUCCGGUAGGGCGGAGAGUAAGCGUGGGGUAGGAACCAUGUUUGGACCUGAUGUCACAAGGAAAUUCCUGGAACGGAACAAUUUGGAGUAUGUUGUACGAAGUCAUGAGGUUAAACCUGAGGGAUAUGAGGUCUCUCAUGAUGGGAAGUGUAUAACUGUCUUCUCAGCACCUAAUUACUGUGAUACUAUGGGGAACAAAGGGGCCUUUAUGACCUUGAGAGGAGAUGACCUUACACCUAAGUUUACAUCAUUUGAUGCAGUGCCACAUCCUAAUGUAAAACCUAUGGCCUAUGCAAACAACCUGUUUGGAUUGUUUUAAUCUCCAUAGAAGGAAAAGAACAGACCAGAAUGCAACUUUAUGUACCUCCUUGGUUUCUCAUUCAUAUUGACAACAGAUGUCAUAGAAGCCAUAUAAUGCACAUUGUAAAUCAGUCUUUUAAAGACAGUAUCAUCAAUGUGCAGACAUUGAACAUCAAGUAAUCUGAAAUUAAUUACAUUAAGCUGUAUGUUAAUUUGAGAGUUUUAACGAUCAGUUAAAUGUAGAUGUUUGUUACCUUAUAUUAUAAUAUAUAUAUAGUCCAUCAAAGUCCAUGACUUUAUAUAAAUGACCAGGACAAAUCAUUCUAUUUAAACCAGAAAUGUUUGUCCAAAAACUCUCAGUUCACAGCUACAUAUUUGUGGCAGCUGAUAUUUUAUUGUCAGGAAAUGCAAGUUUUAAUAAAAUGAUAAAA